UGUAUAUCAAACAACCACAGAGUUCCUCUCUCACACUAAGUCCAACAUUCCUCAUACUAUAUAGUACACGUCCAAAUGGAAAGCAUAAGAAGUUUAGUUGCAGACAAACCAGUGGUGGUUUUCAGCAAAAGCUCCUGCUGCAUGAGCCACUCAAUCCAAACACUGAUCUCGGGAUUUGGUGCAAAGAUGACAGUGUACGAGCUCGAUCAGCUGUCUAACGGGAAGGAGAUCGAGAAGGCGUUGGUACAGAUGGGGUGUAAGCCGAGUGUACCAGCGGUGUUCAUAGGGGAACAGUUAAUCGGCGGGGCUAACCAGGUGAUGACUCUCCAAGUCAAGAACCAACUGGCCGCAUUGCUAAGAAGAGCCGGAGCCAUAUGGGUGUAAAGUCCAAAAAAUACAAACUAGUGAAUAGAAUAAGUGAUGAGAAGAAUCUAUACUUUUUUUUUUGCCUCUUUUUUUUCUACAAUGCACGGUUAUGUUUUAAUCAA